CCACUUUCCCCUGUUCGACAAUCAUAAGGUUUCCACAGAGAGACACAAACAAACAGCACACUGCACAUAUUUUUGGGGGACAAGGAGGCCUUCUCCUGCCCCUCUCCCAUAAAAAUCUCUCUAUCAGAGAGGUUCCUCUUCUGAGAUCAUCCUGAAAAGGGCAGCCAACAAAACAACCCAACAAACUAUUCUUAGUUUUAGUAAAUGUAUAUUUUCCUUUUGUUUGCUGCACUUGUAGUCCCAACCCUCACCAACCCAUCAUCAUCAUCAUCAUCAUCAUCAACCUCCACCUUGCUGCUCUUCCUUUUUCUUCAAGAAUGCUCAUCCGUGUACCCAGCAGAGCACCGAACCCAUUUUACUUUGAACAAUCACCAGCAAUUAAUUUCAUCAUUGACUGCCCUUUUUGCCCCCUUACUUCCGCUUUGAUUUUGAACCUCAGUGAUAGUUUCUUGAUUGGAAAGGGAAUUGCCAUAACAUACCCAAAAAACCUCAGAAGACAGGGACCCCAAUUUGGUGAUUAGUUGGGCGAGGACCGCUAAGGUUGUCUUCUUUGUAAGAUAGUUUGUAUCCAACAGCAAUUUCUUAUAGUCAGGAUGUUUUGUUCAAAACAAAAUCCUGGCGACUAGGAAUAGAGUUCUGGCUAUCAACCGCCUCAACCUCUGCCACAUAUGGUUUUCCGAGCAAUGGGGGUUAGCUGGAACAAUUAUAGAUUCCAGCUAUCAUGUUCUGUUGUUUUGAUUCUCGUUUUGGAUAUUCAAGGAUGUUGGUCUCUUACUUCUGAAGGAUUGGCAUUACUGGGAUUUCGUGCCAGAGUGGAUUAUGAUCCUUAUGGCACUUUUGCAAAUUGGAAUCCAAAUGAUAGUGAUCCAUGCAUGUGGUCAGGCGUUCAUUGUGUCGAUGAUAAAGUGCGAAUUCUGCAACUCAGUGGGCUUUCUUUGGAAGGGAAACUGGCCCCAGAGAUUGGGAAGCUUUCUCACCUGACAUCUCUUGCACUUUGGAAUAACCAUUUUUCUGGUGUCAUCCCUAAAGAGAUUGGAGGACUUUCAAUGCUGGAGGUAUUGGACUUGAGAAAUAAUAACUUGAGUGGAGUUAUUCCAGCAGAAUUAGGAGGACUGCAAUCACUGAGACACUUGUUGCUUUCUAAUAAUAAUUUUGAGGGCAGCAUUCCUCCAGAGGUUAGGAAGCUGAAUAAGCUCUCUGAAUUUCAGUUCAAUGAAAAACUUACGUGUACUCUGGCCUCAGGGAUUGGCUGCAUAAAUAGAAAAUUUGGGCAGUGCAUCUGGCAGUGCAGUUUGAAACAGCUCAGGAAAGCAAAUUCAUUCGUAAUCCCACUCAAAGCGACACUUUUACAUCACCUCAACAUGUUGACAUUGUUCAAGUCCGGGAAGCAUUCCUCAUACAACCCUGAAUAUAAUUGUUGUAACAAUCUACCAACAGGUGCAAAUGAGAUGCAGAUGGUCCAAAAUGUAGAGAACCUAGUUGUUGCAAGGCGUAGGCUGCUUCAGCAGUCCAGUAAUCUUGCUGCUGCCCCAGCUCAUGGUGGGUCCGCUCCUGAGCAAACAAUUGCUUUUCCAACUGCCUGGAGUAGUGGAUCUUUCCCUGCUGUACCAAAUGCAAAGAAUGGACAUCCACCUGUAUCUUCUCCUGCUGGUCCUUCAUCCCAUCAGAACCAUCACACAUCGGAUACUAAUAGCCAGUCUUCUGCUAGUAAACAUACUGAUGAAAAUCCUGCAUCUGCCGGAACUUCUGGGAGAAUGUGGAAGUAUAUAGUAGUAAUUUCAGGCUUUGUCUUCUUACUUACUGUUGCUGCAUCGGUAUUCUUCAUGUGCCGGAGCCAAGCAGUGUCAGCUAUUGGACCUUGGAAGACUGGGCUCAGUGGACAGUUGCAGAAAGCAUUUCUCACAGGGGUUCCCAAGCUAAACCAAGCUGAGCUAGAAAGUGCCUGUGAGGAUUUCAGCAAUAUUAUCGAUACCAUUGAUGGUUGCACUGUGUACAAGGGAACAUUAUCAAACGGAGUUGAGAUUGCUGUUGCAUCAACUGCAAUAUCUUCUGCCAAAAAUUGGUCAAAGCACUCAGAACUCAUCUACCGAAAGCAGAUAGGUACACUUUCUAGAAUAAACCACAAGAACUUUGUUAAUCUUAUUGGCUACUGUGAGGAGGAUGAAACUUUCACUAGAAUGAUGGUGUUUGAGUAUGCUCCAAACGGGAGCCUCUUUGAGCAUUUGCACGUUAAAGAUGUUGAACCUCUUGACUGGGGUGCGAGGAUGAGGAUUAUCAUGGGAACUGCAUAUUGUCUCAAGUACAUGCAUUACCAGAAUCCAGCAAUGGCACAUUCCAAUCUGAACUCAAGUGCUGUGUUUUUGACUGAUGAUUAUGCGGCUAAAAUUGCAGAGAUCGGUUUCUGGGCAGAAUCUUCUUCGAAGUCAAAAAAUUCAGGGGAAAAUGGAUUGUUGCAUUUUGAACUGCCUCUGAUCUCUGAUCCUGAAACAAAUGUGUACAGUUUUGGAGUACUGUUGCUUGAGAUCAUUUCCGGGAAGCUCCCUUACUCAGAAGAACAAGGGCCUCUAGUCAACUGGGCUGCUGAAUACUUGAAUGAUAAGGAAAGAAUCAGCUACAUAAUUGAUCCUGCUCUAAAGUCCUUCAAUGACGCUGAGCUUGACAUCAUCUGUGAGGUAAUCCGGGAUUGCAUUCACAAGGAAGCAUCAAAGAGACCAACUAUGGGAGAGAUCACUUCGAGACUGAGGGAAGUUAUCGCUAUAACACCCGAUGCAGCAACUCCCAGAGUUUCUCCCCUCUGGUGGGCUGAACUCGAGAUCCUACACGUGGAGGAAGCUUAAUCCACCUCGACUCUUUUUCCACUCUUUUGACGAGUUUUAAGAAAUUGAGGAGCUAUAAUUGAAGCUGAGCUUCUUAACAGCCAAGACACAGCUGAGGAGAUGACACAAAGGAGUUCACAGCCACAAAUCAAUGGAAAUCAUUUUGAUGGACUGGCCUCCGGUUCACAUGGCUGAGAAUAGAGAUAACACACACAUAUAUAUUUAUGUGAGAUGAGCCUACAUGUUCUAAUAUAUUGGAUUGGAAUACCAAUUUAUGUACAUAUAUGUAUGUAUGUAGAUGAGUAUAAUUCUUCUAGGUAUAAUGGAAAAAUAUUGCCCAAAUUGAGAAGGCACUCAAAA